CUGACCCGGGACAGCCCUGGCUCUGCUGACCCGGACAGCCCUGGCUCUGCUGGGCGGCACAGCCCUGGCUCGGGACAGCCUGGACCCGCUGACAGCAUGACAAGCCCAGCUCCGAGGAGCAGCCGCCCAGACAUGGCCAGGAGAAGCCUCUGCAGGAGCCCCUUCCUCAGCAUCAAGUUCUUUGUGUGCUGCCACGGGCUGCUGCAGCUCUCCCAGCUCCUGGUCUCGGGCUACCUGAAGAGCUCCAUCUCCACCAUCGAGAGACGCUACGGGCUCUCCAGCCAGACCUCGGGGCUGCUGGCCUCCUUCAACGAGGUGGGGAACACGCUGCUGAUCGUGUUUGUCAGCUACCUGGGCAGCCGCGUGCACCGGCCGCGCCUGAUCGGCUGCGGGGCGCUGCUGGUGGCGCUGGCCGGGCUGCUGAUGGCGCUGCCCCACUUCCUCACCGGGCCCUACCGCUACGGCCGCCCCGCGCCCGGCACCUCCAGCAACACCACUGACCUGUGCCAGCCCGGGGCCCCAGGGGCCUGGGCCAACCUCAGCCAGGCCAGCUGUGCCCCCCACACCUCCAGGGAGAGCCACGAGGUGCUCCUGGUCAUGUUCAUGGCCCAGGCACUGCUGGGCAUCGGUGGUGUGCCCAUCCAGCCCUUCGGCAUCUCCUACAUCGAUGACUUCGCCAGCGAGAGGAACUCGCCCCUCUACCUGGGGAUCCUGUUCUCCCUGACGGUCGUUGGCCCGGGGGUGGCCUUCAUGCUGGGCUCUGCCAUGCUGAGGUUCUACGUGGACAUCGACAAAGUCAGCGCAGCCGAGGUGCAGCUCACCAGCCAGGACCCGCGCUGGGUGGGGGCCUGGUGGCUCGGCUUCCUGGUGGCCGCCAGCCUGGUGGCCCUGUGUGCCCUGCCGUACUUCUUCUUCCCACGGGAGAUGCCCAAGGAGGUGGUCAGAGGGAAGGCCAGGCACAGCAGCAGGAGGGAGGACAUGCUCAGCCAGCUCAGGCCGAGCUCCCAGCACAUGGAGAGCCUCUCCCUCCCGGAGUUCAUCAGACGUUUCCCUGCGGUGCUGCUGAGGAACCUGCGGCACCCCGUGUACCUGCUGGUGGUGCUGGCUCAGGUCAACAUCUCUGCCAUGGUUGCUGGGUUAGCAACCUUCAUGGGCAAGUUCCUGGAGAGACAGUUCUCCCUCACAGCCUCCCUGGCCAACAUGAUCAUUGGCGCUGUGAACAUCCCCGGGGCCAUGGUCGGCAUCGUGGUGGGCGGCGCCAUCCUGAAGCGCUUCCAGAUGUCGCUGAGGCAGUGCAGUGCCCUGUGCCUGCUGGGCAUGCUGCUGUGCCUGCUCGCAGCCUUUCCCCUGCUCUUCCUGGGCUGCCCCACGCAGAGGGUGGCAGGUGUCACCUACUGGGACAGCUCCGGGUUUGGACCGCACAGCCUGGAGUGCAGCGCGCAGUGCCGCUGCCCCGAGACGGGCUUCAACCCGGUGUGCGGCUCGGACGGCGUGGAGUUCACCUCGCCCUGCUCUGCCGGCUGCAGCAGCGCCCACAGCCCCGCUGCCGGCUCCAUCCUGAACUACUCGGGGUGCAGCUGCGUGGCGGGGCCCGCGGGGCUGGCGCGGCCGGGCUCCUGCGGCACCGGCUGCUCCCACCUCCUGGUGCCCUUCGUGGUGCUGUCCUGCCUGGCUGGGAUCCUCGCCAGCACGUCCCACACGCCCUCCUUCAUGCUCAUCCUCAGGAGCAUCCAGCCUGAAGACAAAUCAUUCGCUGUUGGGAUACAGUUCAUGCUGCUGAGAGUUUUAGCGUGGAUGCCGGGCCCGGUGCUGUACGGCAGCGCCAUCGACACGGCGUGCGUGCUGUGGGAGCGGCGCUGCGAGCGCCGGGCUGCCUGCAGGUACUACGACAACACCCUCUUCAGGCACAGGUACCUGGGGCUGCAGCUCUUCUUCGAGGUGGGCGCCUUCCUGUGCUUCGGGGCCGUGUACGCCAUCCUCAGCAAGCAGGAGCGGCACGCCGGCCGGGCAGGGGGGGCAAAGGCACAGCCAGAGAAGGAGAAGCUGGCAGGAAACUCCCUGAAGAGCCCAGAAUCCAAGGUGUGACACCGAGGAGUGAGCUGGGAGCUGUCUGGGGAGCUGAGGCCACAGCCACAGCCGAGCCGUGCCUGGGAUGGAGCUGGGGCUGCCUCCAAUCCACUGCCAUGGAGAUCUCCACUGCUCUGCAGUGCUGUGGGCCCCCCACACGCUGUUCUCCACCUCAGGGGUGCAGCUUGUUCCUCACAGGGAUUGCUCCACAGCCCUGGACUCUGCAGCCUCCUGGAUUCCUGUCCUUCACAGCGGUUUUUCCUGCUGACUGUCUCGGUGAUGCCAGCAGUGAGCAUUAGCCAUAAACCUGAAAGGUUUUGCAGUGUGGGGUUUUUUUUUAAUAAAUCAUUUUUAAGAAAUGGA